AUGGUAGUUCAUGAUGCAUCACGAAAUGAUGGUUUGAACGCAAUCAUAUGGGCCUUCACAAGCUUGCCAAUUACAUCAGGGGACGAGCUCAUACUCCUUGGAGUUAUUCACCAGCUUCCUAGUCCUUUAAAAAUCAUGAGCAAGGUCGAUGGCAGUGGAUCGAACUCCAAAAGUAAGAAUGAUGGGCAGCAAAGAAAGGAGGAGUAUCUUAAAAGAGAUGAAAUAAUGUUCGAGAUAAUAGUGCAUGCUGGAUCUUCUCCAAAGACCAUUGCUGCAAAAGCUGCCAAAAGUUUAAGGGUGACAUGGGUGGUACUUGAUAGGCAGAUGAAGAAAGACAAAAAAUACUUCAUGGAUAAGCUUACAUGUGGAAUACUGAGGCUGAAACGUGAUAACACAAUCGAAAAGCUGAGAGGGCCAAUAACAAUGGAGGACAAAAAACUGCCUUUAGGGAAAAGGACUACAAGCAAUGAACAUGUUUCAUAUGGUGAAAUGAUACCAGAAAUGUCACAGGAAGGACUCUCCCCAAAGAAAACUCCCAGUGCUAAAAAGGCAACAAACUUAGUUAAACCAGAAGGUAGCUAUAGUGCUGGUGCAUCUUCAUGUUCCCCUCCAUCUACUGACCAGAAAUCCUCAUCUGCAUCUGCGGUUUCCAGCUCAAGCGUGGGAACUUCUGAAGUUUCAAGCUGUACAGAUGCAGGAAACGUUUCAGCCAUAUGUUUUCAGCAAGACAAAAAUGAUCCUAAAAACCCACAAGUUGAUACAGCUGGAGAACAAGCCUCAGAUUUAAUUCCUGAGAGUAAAGAUCGGAUUGAGAUCUUAGCAUUUAAUUCAGGUAGCACAUAUGAUGAACAAGAGAAGCAGCAGCUUCUUAGCACAAGUGAUACCUUAGUAGAAGGGUGUCAAAAAGAAGAGAAAUUUGAAUAUUCAGUUUGUUCAGUUUGCCAGAACAAACGACCCAGUAUUCGGUUGACAAAAGACUUCAGUUAUGCAGAGCUGUAUGAGGCUACUAACUGUUUCUCUUCAAAGAACUUCCUAUCAGAAGGUGGAUUCGGUUCUGUGUAUGAGGGAGAGCUGAAAUGUGGGAUGAAAGUUGCUGUCAAACUACAUAAAGAUGCCAGUUGUCAAGGAGAGAAAGAGUUCAAGUCUGAAGUAAAUGUGCUCAGCAAGGCCAGACACCCAAAUUUGGUCAUGUUGUUAGGAUCAUGUUCAGAAGGAACACACAGGCUACUUGUUUAUGAGUUUGUCUGCUAUGGUUCGUUGGAUCAACACUUAUCAAAGCAUGCACUUACCUGGGAGAAGAGAAUAAAAAUUGCACUCGGAGCUGCCAGAGGGUUAGAUUAUCUUCACAGAAUAAAAAUCAUACACAGAGACAUGAGACCAAAUAACAUCCUCGUAACACAUGACUACGAAUCGAUGCUAGGUGAUUUUGGUCUAGCAAGAAUAGCCUGCGGUGAUACAGAUGAGACUGGAGUGGUUGGGACCCUUGGAUAUGUAGCACCUGAGUAUGCAGAAUCUGGAAGAGUGUCAACCAAGACAGAUGUUUACUCCUUCGGCGUGGUUCUGUUACAGCUGAUCACUGGAUGCAAGACAAAAGAGAAGAAAUUUGAGGGGAAAACCUUAGUAGAAUGGGCAAGACCACUUCUUGAAGAUAAUAAUUAUCCAGAUCUAAUUGAUGAAAGGAUUGUUGAUUCUCAUGAUGUCCAUGUCUUCCAACUUUAUCACAUAGUAAACCUAGCAGAAGCUUGUCUCAAGAAAGACCCUGCCAAGAGAGAGACAAUGACACAUGUGGUGAAGAAAUUAGAAUAUAUUAUGGAAGCAAUGCAAUCUGCAGAGAAGUAA